AUGGAAAACAUGUUAUUCGAUCACGAAAUCAAAAAUGAAAGCUUUAUUCCUUUUAUUUUAUUUUCGAUUGAAGUGCGUAACAUUGUUUCAGCCAAAUUUUCAAACUUAAGCAGUAAGGAAAUUUCAAAUUAUAUUUUUAAAUUAUGGAUGCAAUUACCUGAAGGUUCAAAAGCAAAAUAUAAAAAGAUGAUGACUGAUAUGAGAAAAAAUCUAGAUAUUUCAAGUGUUUUACCUGCGCAAAAGAAAAGAACAUUUUCUGAUAAUUUUUGUCCACACCCACAAUAUUUAGUACAAAAUAGUAAUUUAAUAAGAACGAUCCUUUCUUGCACUCUUCCUCUUUCAAUUGUUAAAAAUAAUGAAUUUAGACAAUUUUGUAGUUCACUUGAUUCAAGAUUUACACUUCCCAAUUGUGAUAGUAUAAGAGCCUCAAUUAUUAAUGCUUAUAAUCAAACGAACAAACUCAUUCAAAAUAAGAUAGUAGAAACUGCCCAGUUUGUGGCACUUUCUGUAGAUUUUUGGUCACACUCUUAUAUUGGAGUAACUUGUCAUUGGAUUACACAUGAUUUCAAAUUAAUCGAUGUCGUUCUUGAAGUAAUGAAGAUUCCAGAAGAUCAUGUUGCAACGGAAUUUUUUGAAAAAUUCCAACUUCUAUUAUCUAAACUCGGAUUAGUUCAUGAAAAUAUUGUUAGUAUUACUAGUGACAAUAAUAAUGUAAAAACAGCUUUGUCACAAAUGCAAAUUGAAAUUAUUCCAUGUUUAGCAAAUAUUUUACGAGUAAGCGUUGAAGCGGGAUUGCAAUGUGCUAAUGACAUUUUAAACAAGUCAAAAAAGUUAUGUGAAAUUUUAAACAAUGACACGAAUCGCCGAAAAUUAAGAGACAUUCAACAGCAAAUUGAUCCAAGAAUUAAAGAGUCAUUAGACGUUAUAGAUAUUGGAGAAGAUUGGUAUUCGACUUAUCAAGCCAUUCGUCAUCUAGUAAUGUUACAGAACUCAAUUCAACAUUUUAGCAGAGAAAAUGAAAAGCUAAAAGAACAUAUGCUUUCUGAUUACGAAUUUGACAUUUGUAAAGAACUUGAAAUUAUCUUAAAACUAUUCUGUGAAUUAACUGAAAUGUUAAAUGAUUCAAAAUAUCCUGCAUUGAGUUUCUUGACCCCAGCAAUUGAAAAUCUUAAGCAAUAUCUUAGUAUUUAUCAACCUAAAAAUGAUAUCAUUCGACAGAUAAUAGAUAAUAUACUUGACAAUCUUAAGAAGAACUUUGGUGUGCCUUCGACUCUUGGAUUAUAUGGAUCUUUUUUUGAUCCUCGUUUCAAAAAAUUGCUUUAUAUUAAAAGU